AUGGAUCCAAACAUCGACAGCGCAGCAGGCAAGCCGAAACUGACUAUUCACUACCUACGGCCAGGCUUCCAGAUUCUGGAGCCCGACGAGAUUGAGAAGGGCCCGAGAUACUUGAGCAGAGAAAUCUCCAAGAUAUCCCCGACCAUCAUGGUCAAAUGUGGUGCCUGGAUCAAGUUCAGUGAGGCUAAGAACAUGUUGUUCAUCGAACAGAAUACAACCAUUCCUGUUCCAAAAGUCCAUGCCGUCUACUCACAUCUGGCUGAUGCGAGAAAAUAUCCUGAAGGGUACUCUGGGAAAAGGGAGUACACGGAAAUCACCUAUAUCUUUAUGGACUUUGUGCCGGGGGCCACGAUUGAGAAAUCUUGGGACGAGUGGGAUGAAGCCACCAUAGCGAAUGUUCAAAAUGAGCUCAAAGAUUAUAUCCGUCAACUGCGGGGAAUACCUGGAGGGGAAUAUAUCGGCUCACUCGAUCGGGGCCCUGUGACGGAUUCCAUGUUGCGGCUGCAGGCUGACAAUUGCGGUAAUAUCAUUCUGUGCUCCUUUGGUAUCUCCCAGCUAACAUCCUACCUGGCAGGCCCAUUUGAUAGCGAAGAGGAGUUUAACAUUGAGCUCCGCAAGACCUAUUGGAAGUGUUACAAGCGAGAGGUACUCAUAUGCGAUCGCUUGGAUGCCAUGCUUGCCGCCCACAAGCAUCAAAUAGUUUUCACUCACAAUGAUUUGCACUAUUCCAACAUCAUGGUCCACGAUGGACAUAUCUCAGGCAUAAUUGAUUGGUCUGAUUCUGGCUGGUACCCGGACUACUGGGAAUAUACCUCGGCUAUGCGUGUAAUGAACCAGCGACAAGACUGGAACACUAUAUUGGACAAUGCUAUUGGCCGACCCCACUGCGAAUUCCUUAUCAUCGAGAAAAUCCGCGUCAUAUUGCCGCCGUAUUGA